UGCACUGCCUCCUUCCCAGAAUGCACUGUUUCCUCAUCUCCCAAGGUCCCAUCUACCUAAUUUCUUUCUGUGCCUGGGUCACCUGAAUGGCAUCUCCUCUAAGAAUUCUUUUGUAUCCAUCGUCUGCUUCUCCUUUAUCACAAUCUUAAGUAACCAAGAAGAAUGGUUCAAGGCAGAGCUUGGGAGCCAAGAAGGAUAUGUGCCCAAGAAUUUUAUAGACAUCCAGUUUCCUGAAUGGUUCCAUGAAGGUCUCUCACGACACCAGGCAGAAAACCUCCUCAUGGCCAAAGAGCCUGGUUUCUUCAUCAUCCGGGCCAGCCAGAGCUCCCUGGGGGACUUCUCCAUCUCUGUCAGGCAUGAGGAUGAUGUUCAGCACUUCAAAGUGAUGAGAGACAACAAGGGUAAUUACUUCCUGUGGACAGAGAAGUUUCCAUCCCUCAAUAAGCUGGUGGACUACUACAGGACGACAUCCAUUUCCAAACAGAAGCAGAUCUUUCUGCGGGACAAAACCCAAGAAGAUCAGGGUCGCCGGGGCAACAGCCUGGACCGGAGGCCCCAGGGAGGCCCACACCUCAUCGGGGCCAUGGGAGAAGAAAUCCGGCCUUCGAUGAACAGGAAGCUGUCAGACCAGCCCCCUCCCGCUCCCUCUCAAUAUGCCCCGGGACCCCCAUCAGGGCAGCAGCGGUAUCUCCAGCACCCCCAUUUUCACCAGGACCGCCGUGGAGGCAGCCUUGACAUAAAUGAUGGGCACUGUGGCAUGGGCAUGGCCAGCGAAAUGAAUGCCGCCCUCAUGCACCGGAGACACACGGACCCAGUGCAGCUGCAAGUGGCCGGGCGAGUGCGGUGGGCCCGGGCGCUGUAUGACUUUGAGGCCCUGGAGGAUGACGAGCUGGGGUUCCGCUGUGGAGAGGUGGUCGAGGUCCUGGACAGUUCCAACCCAUCCUGGUGGACUGGACGCCUGCACGACAAGCUGGGCCUCUUCCCUGCCAACUACGUGGCACCCCUGAGCCGAUGAAGCCCUUCUGGGGGAGUCAGAAGCCGUUGCCUGAAGCUGCCUGCAAGAGAAGGGACCAGGAAGAAAAGCUGGAACUACACAGACACACGUUCAUAGGUGCAGACACGGAGACCUGCGUGAGCACAUAUUAUGAUAGUAAUUUAUUGGCAGUUGGGGUAACUGGCUGGAAUGAAAGGAACUCGGGUGAGAACUAUAUUUAUACUUCUUUUUCUGCUCCCCUCAGCGGCAGGCAAUGGGGAAGUUGGGGGGUGGGCAGGGAAAUGAAACUGAAAUUCCCCCUGUCCUUGAGGUGACAUCACUUCCUCCUCGUCUGGGGGAUUUUCACUCAGAAUACCUAAGCCGUCCACACCCGGCAUUGGACACAGAACAACAGGGCAGAGUUGGACUUGGUGGGGCAUGUUCCUGCUCACCUGCACACCCUGCACAGCUCGAGGGCUUUUGGGGCCACUUCCCUGUGUUCUCCAAGGGCUGCUGGACUGAGAAGGAAGGCUCAGCCACGCGAUCUGCUCUGCGGCGGGCAGCAUGCAAAGGACCUGAGCAGCGGGCGUCCAGGGUCUCCUGGUCUCUGCUAGGCCCAGGCCCUCAACUCCCUACAGUAAAUGCACGUUCCUCAGCUAAUCCUCUUCCUCUGGCUGAUGUGGAGAAGCAGAGACACCAUAAGGCACCCAGUGCUGAGGGGGAGGGAUUUUCACCACACCCCGUGGCUUACUUGGGUGACACCUCCGUCUCCCUGGCUACCGAGAAAGCAGCAUCCACGACUCAGUGAGGUGCUUGAGGAAGCCCAGCCAAGAUGGCUGGAUUUCAGGCCCUUGUUUUGUGGUGACACGGUGUCUCUUUGGGGCUCAAUUUGUUUGUCCUCUUGGUUCUCUGUGUUUGUGAAGAUGCCUUGCCCGGCGGCACAGAGAGAAGCCCCUCAAAAGAGCACUGGCUCUCGGGCUUGCUUUCUUGCCAGCGUGACCGGCUGAACAUGGCCCUGGGUGGGAGCUGGCUUUGAACAGAGCUCUCUGCUCCAUCUAACCAUUGGACCGUUGCCAACACCUCUCCCAGAGCCGCACCUGGGGAAAGGAGCCCACAGUCACUGUCUCUUGUCAUCACCCCAAAAUAGAAUUGCACUUCCUAGUGCUCACCCUGGGGGUGUGCAGCGAAGCCAGCCUGGCUGGGGUGAAGGGGCCCUGCAGAAGGAAGCUGGGUGUUUGGGGAAGCCUGUGAGCAAACAUGUCUGCCCUGGGGGUCUUAGAGGAGAGUGUGUGUGUGUGUGUGUGUGUGUGUGCAUGCUGAGACAUGAAAGAAAGUGCUAGUGUGUGUGGAGGGGGCUGUUCCUUUCUCUCCUUCCACAGCCCUCCCUUCUCCGAGGGGGAGGGAUAGGGCAGCCAUUAUGGAAGGUAAUAGAAGAAGGAAAGAAUUUCUGAGUCAGAAGUAACUGUCAGUGAACGUAGCCUGUGCCCCUUUAACUCUGAAUCCCACGUUUCUCUGAUCCCCACGUUGCCUCUGGAAGAAAGGGAGAAAGAAGGUGAUGGAUCCUGGGAGGGAAGAGAAAAUAGCCUGGAGAGGAAGGAGGGUGUGAGCAUGAGGGAGGAGCGGCUCCAGCCUCCAGGAACGAAAGCGCAGAAGGAAAAGGCCAAAGCAUUUCAGGAGGCGAAGGAGCAGCAUGAGAGACACAAGGGAGGGGAAGAGGCAAGAGGUUACGUGGGAUGACAAGGAAGACAUUGGGGUAACGAGCCAGCGCAGACAAGCCAGGAAGGAGGGCCCAGGCAGGUGAAGGAAGAAUUAGAGCGGAGAAAUGAACGGGGUGGAGGGCGGGGGGCAAAGACACCACAAGGAUGAAGACUCACGAAGGAGGGGACCUAAUAAGCUAUUUUGGUGCUAGGUAACGUGAACGUGCUACAGUAAAUACAAGCCAAAAGUGAUGUUUGAUUUUACAGUAUUUACAAACCAUAUGCUUCCAACAGCCCACGAGCUCCAUCCAUUUGUCUGACUAUGUGGGAGGACCAGCCCCAGUUAAGACAGAAACAAUUUGGUUCAGCCCAGUUUUUGUACCUUGAAACACUUCUCAGGAAAGCAGUAAUAAAAGCAGUGCCCUUGUUUCGCAGAGCGGUGUCUAGUGUCUG